CCGUGGUGGGCGCCGGGCUCGGGGGUUCGGCCGCCGCGUACUUCCUGCAGCAGCACUUCGGGCCGCAGGUGCAGCUGGACGUGUACGAGGCGGCGGGCGUGGGCGGGCGCCUGGCCACCGUCACCGUCAACAAGCAGCAGUAUGAGAGCCGGGGAGCCUCCAUCCACGCCCUCAGCCUCCACAUGCAGGACUUCGUCAAGAUCCUGGGCCUCAAGCACCGGCGGGAGGUGGCCGGCAAGAGCGCCAUAUUCAGUGGGGAGCACUUCGUCCUGGAGGAGACCGACUGGUACCUGCUCAACCUCUUCCGGCUCUGGUGGCACUAUGGCAUCAGCUUCCUGCGCCUGCAGAUGUGGGUGGAGGAGGUGAUGGAGAAGUUCAUGAGGAUCUACAAGUACCAGGCCCACGGCUACGCCUUCUCCAGCCUGGAGGAGCUGCUGCGCUCGCUGGGCGGCGAGGCCUUCGUGAACAUGACCCAGCGCUCGGUGGCCGAGUCCCUGCUGGAGGUGGGUGUCACCCAGCGCUUCGUGGACGAUGUCAUCGCCGCUGUCCUGCGCUCCAACUACGGCCAGUCUGUGCUGGUGCCCGCCUUCGCAGGAGCCAUGUCACUGGCGGGAGCCCAGGGCAGCACCUGGGCGGUGGAAGGAGGGAAUAAACUGGUGUGUUCGGGGCUGCUGAAGYUGACCAAAGCCAAUGUCAUCCCAGCCAGGGUGACGGGCAUCUCCCUGCACAGCUCGGAGGGGAGAGCCCUGUACCAGGUCCACUACGAGAGCAGUGAAGGCCAGGGCUCGGCUUUCUACGACAUGGUGGUGGUGACCACUCCGCUGCAUCCCAGCAGGAGCAACUUCACCUUCGAGAACUUCGACCCGCCCAUCGCCGACUUCCCCGGAGCCUUCCAGCCCUCCGUCACCUCCGUGGUGCAYGGCUACCUCAACUCCUCCUACUUUGGCUUCCCCGACCCCAAGCUGUUCCCUUUCACCAGCAUCCUCACCACCGACACCCCCGACCUCUUCUUCCACGCCAUGGACAACAUCUGUCCCGUCAACAUCUCGGCGGCUUUCCGGCGCAAGCAGCCCCAGGAGGCGGCGGUGUGGCGCGUCCUGUCCCAGCAGCCGCUGGACAAGCACCAGCUGAAAACCCUUUUCAGAUCCUACUACUCGGUGCAGGUGACCGAGUGGCAGACGUACCCCCGCUAUGAUGCCACCAAGGCCCUGCCRCCCAUCGUGCUCCACGACAACCUCUUCUACCUCAGCGGCGUGGAGUGGGUGGCCAGCUCCAUGGAGAUGAUAGCCGUGGCAGCCAAAAACGUGGCCCUGCUGGCCUACAACCGCUGGCAUCAGGAGCUGGAGAAGAUCGACCAGAAGGACUUGAUGCACAAGGUGAAGACAGAGCUGUGACGCCCGGCGGGGUGGUGGGCCAGGAGUUUCAGUGUGUGCUAGCCUGGGGAGUAUUUAUUGCCUUGGGGAGGCCAGGGGGGGCUGGGGGACAAGGGACAGGUUGUGUCCCGGUGACUUGAAGRCCUUCAGGAAUACAAUUCCUGCCCAGUGUUGCUGUGUU